GAUUGCGCAGGCGCGGCGUCUGCGGUCGCCAUGGAGAGGCGUGGCUCUCCAGGCACUCGGGGCCCGGAGCCGCUGGCUCAGCGGCAGCGGGUCUUGGGUUGCUCCGGGUGCAGGUGGCGGCCCCGCGGGCGGAUGGACCGCCUGGGUGGGGCAGGGGCGUCGGGGUACGGCGAAGAGGGCGACGAGGACGAGGAGGAGCGAGAGGGCAGCGCUGCGGGCUCGAAGGGAUCCAGACUGCCCCCGAUCGCGGGCAGCGCCUCAGAACCGACCACACGGAAGGUGAAGAAGAAGAAGAAGAAAAAGACCAAGGGGUCGCCCAAGGGGCACGAAAAUGGAGCUGACCGCCUUUAUGCAGAGGACCUGGCUCUUGCAGACAAACAUCAGAGUCGAGGCCUGAAGACUCAGCAGCUGUCUUCAUCCUUUCAUGGCAUCUUAAGUCCCAGCAAAGAUCACGGCCCGAGGCAAGAGCACAGACAGGACAAAGAUGAAAACAGGCUCAUCCCUUCUUACUCCUCCACUGUAAGUCUCUCCCACUUUGCCGAGAUAGAGGAGAACCUCUCCAAGCAGAUCAACGAGAGUCUGCGUUGGGAUGGGAUCCUCGCUGACCCGGAGGCAGAGAGAGAAAGGAUUCGUGUAUAUAAGCUGAACCGCAGGAGGCGGUACUGGAAUUUGGCCCUCAAGGGCUUCCCCUCUGAGCCCUGUGCUGACGAGACCCCCGAGAACUUACCCUACCUCUCAGACAAAGACAGCAGCACGAGCAGCAGGCAGCCCUCCUUAAAAGCCAAGGGCCCUCAUCACUGCUUUGAAGGAAGCCUUACUCCAAAGCUUCUAGACUCUGAUUAGACUCUGCCCCGGGCGAAAAUCCACCCAUGACACUGGCGAGCUUAUCGCUUAUCCUGACCACAAGUUUAUGUUAAAAAGAAGAAUAAUAAACGGAAAUCAGACCUACAUCUGAGGGAAGCAGAUAUCUGGUCUGUGGGUGGUCAACCUCUCCUUUCAACAAGAUGCCUUCACUGCCCAGGAGAGCCACAGUUCCUUAAGAACGUAAGCAGUUUAAUGAACGAAAUUCUUUUCAGAGUUUCCUUUGUCUCAGAUAAGCGGCCAUCUCUUUGUUAUUUAAUUUCUCAUCAUAGUUAGAUGUCUAUAGUCUGCCCCCGCAAAAAAGACAAAGUGUGUACGUUAUGUCAAUUCUAAAUCUUAAACUGAUUUUAUGUGUAAAACUCCUCACGCAAACUUCUGUAGGCCCAAGGAAAAUGCCCUAAGUAUCCUGGAGACUUUAAAAAAAAAUUUUUUUUUAAAUACAAUAUACUCCCUGCCCUCAUGUAGCCUUUAAAAUAAGUGAGUUCUGGAACUUCAUUGCUGGGAAGUUAUCAUGAAAAGUCUCAAAAGGAAUACUGCUUCUCUUAUAAAUGUAGUCCUCCCCUAAUUGCCCAAGAUGGCAUUUUAAGCAAAAUUCUGGAACAUUAAAAAUGCCCUACUGUACCAUUUGUCCUAAAUUAAUAUUCCUCUCUUCCGCAAA